AUGGGAUGGGUUCGACUUUCCUACUUCUUAAUCUUUCAAUGUUUGUUUCUUCAUUUCCCUUUUUAUAAUUGUUUGUUGUGCAACUCUCAUGACAAAUCUGCUUUACUACAAUUCAAAAACUCGUUUCUUUCUAACUUUUCAUCUCAUGUUGUUCCGUCAGAAGAUGAUUUUUGUUCCUUGUAUGCUUCAAAUAUAAAAUCUUGGAAUAACUUGACAGAUUGUUGUGGGUGGGAUGGGGUCACGUGUGACAUCAGAUCAGGCUAUGUGGUCGGUCUCAACUUUUCGUGCAGUAAUCUUAGAGGUGAGCUACUUGGUCCUAAUAGCUCAAUUUUCAGUCUAAGACACCUUCAACAACUUACUCUUGCUUUUAAUGACUUUUCUGGAUCUUCGAUACACUCUACAAUCGGUGACCUUGCCAACCUCACCCAUCUAACUUUAUUUAACUUUGGAAUGACUGGUGAUGUUCCCACCACAAUUUCCCACUUGUCAAAGUUAGAAUAUCUUCUUAUAAGUAACAUCGACUGGUUACUUAAUGAUCCCAUCAAAAGCUACUCUAGAAUGAGACUUGAUGAUUACACAUGGAACAGACUCAUUCACAACACAACUAAUUUAAGAGAUAUUUGUUUAUAUGGCAUGGACAUGUCUUUUAUCAGAGAGAGCUCUUUGUCAUUGUUGACCAAUUUGUCGUCCUCUUUGGUUUCUCUCCUUCUCUUAGACAAUAAAAUCCAAGGGAAAUUACCCGCCAACAUCCUCAAAUUGCCUAAUCUCCAAGAAAUAGAUCUGUCAUGGAAUCAAAACCUGAGAGGUGAACUUCCAAACUCCAACUGGACUACUCCAUUAAGAUUCUUGUCUCUCUCUCGAACUGCUUUCUCAGGAUACAUUUCAGAUUCCAUUGGUCAGUUGAAGUCUCUCAGCUCAUUAGAACUUUCGGAUUGUAAUUUUGAUGGAUUUAUUCCACCAUCAUUGUUUAAUCUUACUCAACUUUCUCUCUUAGAUUUAGCACGUAAUAACAAACUGCAAGGUAAUUUUCCAAAUUCAAUAUUUCAACUCCAAAAUCUUACUAUUUUGAGUUUGUCAUCAACGAACUUGAAUGGUGUAGUUGACUUUCACCAAUUUUCGAAGCUUAAAACUCUAAGUUCUUUGGAUCUUUCUUACAAUAGUUUGCUCUCACUAAAAUUUGAAAAUAAUUUUGAUUGUAUUUUAUCCAACCUUCAAUACUUAUCUUUAUCUUCAAGUAACUUAAGUAGUUUCCCAAAAUUCUUAGCACCACUGCAAAACCUGCAAGUUUUAGAUCUUUCUCAUAAUAGGAUUAGUGGAAGUAUUCCCAAAUGGUUGCAUGAGAACCUCUUGCACUCUUGGAAGAACAUUAGUUCCAUUGAUCUCAGUUUUAACAAGUUGCAAGGAGAUCUUCCGAUUCCACCUAAUGGCAUUGGAUUCUUUUCAGUCUCAAAUAAUCAGCUGAGUGGAGACAUUUCUUCAGCAUUGUGCAAUGCUAGCACCCUUUCUAUACUCAACUUGGCUCACAACAACUUGACCGGACUUAUUCCACAAUGCUUGGCAACAUUUCCUUCUCUUUGGGCGUUGGAUUUGCAAGACAACAACCUUUACGGUAACAUACCUGAUAACUUUUCUAAAGGAAAUGCCUUUAAGACUCUAAAGUUGAAUGGAAAUCACUUGAAGGGACCGUUACCACGGUCUUUGGCUCACUGUACAAACCUUGAAGUUUUGGACCUUGGAAAUAAUAACAUAGAGGAUACGUUCCCCUAUUGGUUAGAAAUUCUGACAACUUUACAGGUACUCAGUUUAAGGUCCAAUAAAUUUCAUGGUGUCAUCACUUCUUUCGGUACCAGAUUUCCAUUUCCCGUUUUGAAGAUUUUUGACAUUUCUAAUAAUUAUUUUAUCGGACCCUUGCCAGCGUCGUACAUCCAUAACUUUCAAGGAAUGAUGAAUGCCAUUGACAAUCAAAAUGGUUUGAAAUAUUUGGGUAAUAAUUACUCAUAUAUUGAUUCGAUAAUGAUUGUGAUGAAAGGACAUGACAUUGAGCUUGAGAGGAUAUUGACUAUUUUCACAAGCAUUGAUUUAUCAAAUAAUAUGUUUGAAGGAGAAGUACCCAAAGUUAUUGGAGAGUUGCAUUCUCUGAAAGGGCUUAACCUUUCACACAAUAGAAUCACUGUCUUAAACCUUUCAGAAAACCAAUUUGAGGGAGUAAUACCUACAGGACGACAAUUUAACACAUUUGGAAAUGAUUCUUAUGUUGGAAAUCCAAUGCUUUGUGGAUUUCCAUUGUCAAAAUCCUGCAAUAAGGAUAAAGAAAGGCCACCUUGUUCAACACUUGAUAAAGAAGAAUCAGGAUUUGGAUGGAAAGUCAUUGUAGUGGGGUAUGCAUGUGGGAUGAUCUUUGGAAUAAUAUUGGGUUGUAAUGUUUUUUUCGCUGGAAAACUCCAAUGGCUUGCAAGGCUUGUUGAAGUUGUGUUAAAUGUGUGAGACUCACAAGAAUAAACAAGAAAAACCUUAUACCAAGGGUUGGAUGAGGAAUUAAUGUACUUUUAGUUUAAUAUGGUUGUUUUUUUAUGUGCCUAUAUGUUUUUUGUAGUUUUAAUUUCUCUUUACGUUAUCUUUUGCGAUGAAUUUUAUGUUAUGUUAUGCUCAACAUGUUGUAAUAUAUACCAAUGUUCUGUGGAUUUCCUUUGUCAAAAUCCUAUAAUGAGGAUAAAGAAAAGCCACAAUGUUCAACACUCGAUAAAGAAGAAUCAGGAUUUGGAUGGAAAGUCAUUGUAGUGAGAUAUGCACGUGGGAUGAGCUUUGGAAUAAUGUUGGGUUGUAAUGUUUUCUUUGUUGGAAAACUACAAUGGCUUGCAAGACUUGUUUGUGUUAAAUGUGAGACUUACAAGAACAAACAUAGCAAAUCAUGCAAAUGGUUGGAGA